AUGCACUCGCGUCGACCCGAGACUUUGAAGAUUGACAUCUCCAAGUAUAGGGGAGUCGAAGAGGACUCCCUCUUGAGAUGGUUCGUCGAAUUGGAUGACGCCAUAAGGGCGCGUCGCAUCGACGACGGGGAUAUGCAAGUUGCAUUUGCCCAGUCAAAUCUGGCAGGACGUGCCAAGACUUGGGCACUGGGGCUCAAGCUGCACGACCCAUAUGCGUUUGGGUCGUUAGAAGUCUUCAAGUCGCGGCUCAGACAAACGUUUGAACCGCCUAGAGCUGAGCUCAGGGCUCGAACCGAACUCUUGAAGCUCAAGCAGGGUAAGCGUGAUGUGCACGCUUACGCGCAACAUAUACGACAUCGCACGAGUUGUAUAAGUUCCAAUCCGGUGGAUGAACACACGUUGGUUUCGGUGUUCAUGCAGGGUCUUGCGGAUUGUCCCGUCAAGACUCACCUGUUCCGGCUUGAACUAGAUUCACUAGAACAAGCCAUUUCCAUUGCGGAGCAGGAAGACUUCAGUCUGAGACAGGCUCGCGCCAGCUCGACAUCAUAUCGUCAACCGAGACGAUAUGACAGCGGAGGUCCAGAGCCGAUGGAACUCUGUUAUGUAGAGAGCGAGAAGGUUCGCUCUACAGGCUACAAGAAGUUGCAGAGAUGCAACAGAUGUCAAAAGACAGGACACUACGCUUACGAGUGUAGUGCCCCUCGUCCAGUGUCUCGCGACACUGGGCGUAGUGACCGUCCAUUCAUGAGAAAGGGGCAGUGA